UUGAGUGGCGGGGCGGCGAGGAGGAUAAUAGUUACGGCCUGAACAGACCCCUAAAGCACCCCAGAGGAAGAACAGGAAGAUAAUUAAAGGUCGUAAAGGAAGGAAGAUCAAGGAGUGACGACCUUAGAAGCGAUACGUAGCGCCAGGGGCCUCAAAAAGAAGGACCUUGACUGACUCGUAAGGCCUAAACAGCCCCCUAAAACACCGCAGAGGAAGAAAAAGAUAAUUAAAGGUCGUAAAGGAAGGAGAUCAAGAAGUGACGGCCUCAGAAGCGCUACAAAGCUCCAGGGGUCUCCAGAAGAAGAAUAAAUGACCUUGACUAACUCGUAAGAAUUAAUUAUGGCCUGACCAGCCCCCUAAAACAUCCCAGAAGAACAAGAUAAUUAAAGGCUAUAAAGGAAGGAGUGACGCCCUCAGAAGCGAUAUAUAACCCCCAGACCCUGAUCUCCCCACCCUGGCCGAGAACAGGACUUUGGCGCAGAAGAGUGAGAUGAUGCGGUUCUUUAAGCUGUACGGACUGAACUUGCGGAGCGACGUGGCAAGCUACCUGUGUCAGCUGCUGGAGCCUCUGCCGCAGGAGGAGCACACGCAGUGGGUGGAGGCGGUCAUCGAGGCACUGCAGAAGCUCCCCAUCACCUCCGACCAGAUCACCAAGGAGGCAAUCUACAGGGCAGCCGAGGACGCGGGGAACGUGCAAAACGUCAACCCCGACAGCGCCCUGGAGGUGAUCGACGUCUUCAAGAUUCCCCGCCUGACCUACGACGUGGACAAGAGGAAGUUCAUCAUUGAGCCGGCCGGAGCGCUGGACCUGCACGGGAAGGCGGCGGACAAAGCGACGCUAUUCAGAAACAGGUGACGGUCUCUCGAUUAUAUUCGUAUACUUAA